CUUGUUCCUAGAGCUCGCAGGGUCCUCUUCUACCCGACUUGACCGGCUCCCACCCGGGGUGAUUUCAUGACCGCAAAAAUCAACUGAUUCGUGCACCCCUAGGACCUACUAGGUCUCCUAUUGCAAUUUAUACGACAGACUCUGGUUGGGUCAGAAGAGCCUGAGAAGGCAUCGUUAAUCUAGACUCUUUGCUGGGCCCAUCAACGAACCUCCUUGGCGUCGACUCCUUGACCGGAGCCUAGCGACAUGAGUACAUGUGAUCACUACCAGGUAGUUGCCUUCACGUGAAAACUACAAGAGGAAGCGGCCUCCAGUGUAAGUGUUAAAAAUCUCUUUUACUCACCCAGCUUUUCGUGUCUCACCGCUAAACACAACUCCUAAGCCGAAAAAACAACUAGCCCACAAUGAAGAUCACCACCGCCAUCUGUCUUGUUGCAGGCUAUGUCAGCCUCGCUGCCGCCGCCGGUUGCCAGGUCGAGCUCCUCAACAUCAACCAAGCAGUCGUAGGCACAGGUUGCGUGGAAAUGAACUACUACGCCAACAUCUACGAUUCUACCAAACGCGCAGGCUACACCGUCAACGCUAAUAGCAACUGUGGUCUUAGCUUCGGCAACAUUCAAGUUAUCCCUGAUGGUUAUUCUUUGCGUCAAGCGGGCUACUGUUAAGUGGGACAUACUGCCGGUAUUGUUCUUGAUGAUUCUCAUAGAGAAGACUAUGGAACAAUCCUUAGUAAUAAUAUCUCAAUCCUACUCAAGAGCCGUAUUUUUGUGUGCGC